UGGAGUAAAACCGCGUCGGGCGAUACAAAGAAAAACGCGCCUCGGACUGAAAUUACUUCAUCGGGGAAUAAGAAUAAAACCACUCGACGAUGAGAUACGGUGUCGGACACCAACAGACAUCUUGAAAGGCGAUCGAAGGGACGCAUUUUUUUUAUUUAUUAGUGAAAAAUGGCGAACGAUUCUCCAGCUAAAAGUCUGGUGGACAUAGACCUCGCAUCUUUACGGGAUCCUGCUGGGAUUUUCGAGCUGGUGGAAGUGGUCGGCAAUGGCACCUAUGGACAAGUCUACAAGGGUCGACAUGUCAAGACGGGACAGCUGGCGGCCAUCAAGGUCAUGGAUGUCACAGAGGAUGAAGAGGAAGAAAUUAAACUGGAGAUUAACAUGUUGAAGAAGUACUCCCAUCACAGAAACAUUGCCACCUAUUAUGGCGCCUUCAUCAAGAAGAGCCCCCCCGGCCAUGACGACCAGCUAUGGUUGGUGAUGGAGUUUUGUGGAGCUGGCUCCAUCACAGACCUUGUGAAGAACACCAAAGGCAACACGCUGAAGGAAGACUGGAUCGCCUACAUCUCCCGAGAGAUCCUCAGGGGAUUGGCUCACCUACAUGCUCAUCAUGUGAUCCACCGUGACAUCAAGGGACAAAAUGUUCUGCUGACUGAGAAUGCUGAGGUCAAACUGGUUGACUUUGGUGUGAGUGCCCAGUUGGACCGGACAGUGGGCCGGAGGAACACGUUCAUCGGGACCCCAUAUUGGAUGGCUCCAGAGGUCAUCGCUUGCGAUGAGAAUCCAGAUGCUACCUAUGACUACAGGAGUGACCUGUGGUCUUGUGGAAUUACCGCCAUAGAGAUGGCUGAGGGUGCUCCUCCACUGUGUGACAUGCAUCCAAUGAGAGCUCUCUUCCUCAUCCCCAGAAACCCACCGCCUCGACUCAAGUCCAAAAAAUGGUCUAAGAAGUUCUUCAGCUUCAUUGAGGGCUGCCUGGUGAAGAACUACACUCAGCGCCCUCCCACAGAGCAGCUGCUGAAGCACCCCUUCAUCCGGGACCAGCCCAACGAGAGGCAGGUCCGCAUUCAGCUCAAAGACCACAUUGACCGCACCAAGAAGAAGAGGGGGGAGAAAGAUGAGACAGAGUAUGAGUACAGUGGCAGCGAGGAAGAGGAGGAGGAGACACCUGAGCAAGAGGGAGAACCCAGCUCUAUUGUGAAUGUACCUGGGGAGUCAACUCUGCGGCGUGACUUCAUCCGCCUGCAGCAGGAGAACAAGGAGCGGUCGGAGGCCCUGCGCCGCCAGCAGCUCCUCCAGGAGCAGCAGCUUCGGGAGCAGGAGGAGUACAAACGCCAACUACUGGCUGAAAGGCAGAAACGCAUCGAGCAGCAGAAAGAGCAGAGGAGAAGGCUGGAAGAGCAACAACGGCGCGAGCGGGAGAUGAGGAGGCAACAGGAGCGGGAGCAGCGGCGGCGCGAGCAGGAGGAGAAGAGGCGCAUAGAAGAGAUGGAGCGACGCCGCAAAGACGAGGAGGAGCGUAGGAGGGCCGAGGAGGAGAAGAGGAGGGCUGACCGAGAACAGGAGUACAUCCGUCGUCAGCUGGAGGAAGAGCAGAGGCACUUGGAGAUUCUGCAGCAGCAGUUGCUCCAUGAACAGGCCAUGCUGCUGGAGUACAAAUGGCGGGAGCUUGAGGAGCAGCGUCAAGCCCAGAAGCUCCAGAGACAGCUACAGCAGGAGCAGGCCUAUCUGCUCUCUCUUCAGCAGCAGCAACAGCCCCUAGAAGUUAGCAAAACAACCCAGCAAGAGAGUCCCAAACCUGCCCAGAACCCUGAAAUGGAAAGGGCAGAGCUGCAAAAUGCGGACAUUGAGAGGUCAAGGUCCCCACAAAAUCCCAGUUUGGAGAAAACGAAAGACACCAAGCAGACAGCUGAACUCCAGGGCUCCACCUCUGACUGUAUGAGAAGCUCUGCCCCAGACUCUGAACCAAUCAGAGAGGCGGAUGAGAGGUACCGAAAGAACAUCCAGGGCUCGCCCCAGUCAGCCCAGACCAAGCCCCAACAGCCCCCAGUGCCGCCUCGCUCAGAGUCUUCCUACCCCAACGGGAACUCGUCCUCUGAACCGCCCGCCAUGCAUCGGCCCAUGGAACCACAGGUUCGCUCUCACCUGGCUGCUUUAAAGAGCAGCGGCAGCGCGGCCCCCUCGAGCGCCGCCUCCUCCUCUUCUUCCUCCGCUACCCCUCCGCCCGUCGUAUCUCGAUCCCAUUCCUUCAGUGAGCCGCUGGCUCCUAGCUUUGCGAACCUCCACCUUCGCAACAGCCAGGACACCCACCAUCACCAUCAUCCUCCAUCUUCAUCACCACCCUCAUCAUCACCUGCACGCACUGACCCGCAGUCCCACCUACAGCCUAGGCCCUCGCCCCAUGAGCCAGUCCACACAGAGGAGGUCCCACCCAGGGUGCCAGUGAGGACCACAUCGAGGUCCCCAGUGUUGUCCCGCAGAGACUCUCCUCAUCAACAUGGUAACGCCACACCCGGCAGCCAGGCAGCACACCGCAACGCCACCAGUGCAGCAGAGCCUCGUCUGCUGUGGGAGCGGGUGGAGAAACUGGUUCCCAGGCCCAGUCCCGGUGGUAGCACCAGUGGGAGCGGAGGGUCCAGCUCCUCCAGCAGUUCCAGUAACUCCAGCUCCCAGCCUGGCUCCCACUGUGGCUCUGGGGAGAGGUUCAGGGCCCGCUCCUCAUCCAAAUCUGAGGGCUCGCCCCUCCAACGGCCGGAGAAUGCUGGGAAAAAAGCAGAGGAAAGGAGGGACUUGGUCAGGCCUAACAGACCGGCGGACCUGACUGCCCUUGCAAAGGAGCUGCGUGCAGUGGAGGACGUGCGCCCCCCUCACAAGGUGACUGAUUACUCCUCCUCCAGCGAGGAGUCGGGGACCACUGAUGAAGAUGAUGAUGAGGAGGUAGACCAGGAGGGAGGAGAGGAGUCCACCUCAGGUCCAGAGGACUCCAGAGCUGUCUCUUCCAGGCUGAGUAACGGGGAGACUGAGUCAGUUAAAACCAUGAUAGUUCAUGAUGAUGGGGAGAGCGAUGCGGCCUCCACGCCUUGCAAAGAUGGCACACUCAUCGUAAGACAGAGUGCAGGUGACAACAAAAAGCGCCCCCUCCCAAGCCCGGGCCAAGGCCAGAGCCCAGUCCUGCUCACAGGCUUUGCCCCAAGCCCAGGCUCGGUCACAGGCUCAGGGCUAGGCCACCACACCCCUAGCCCCCACCAUCACCACCACUUUCACAACCAACACCACCAGUCCCCACACUCCGCCGGGGGUCCGCACCAGGAGCGCAAUGGCUUUGCAGGCCGCAUCCACCUCCUCCCAGACCUGAUCCAGCAGAGCCACCAUUCCUCCCCCUCCUCCUCUGCCUCCACCUCCCCCUCCUCCAGCCUGGCCAGCCCUUCCUCCAUGUCCCCCCAGAGCCCCCUGGACAAGCUCAGCAUCCUCAUGGAGAGCCAGUCCAGCAGUAGCACCAUGCAGAAACACAAGUCUUCUUCCUCCUUCACUCCAUUCAUCGAUCCGCGCCUCCUUCAAGUCUCUCCAUCCACUGGUAGCGCCCUUAACAACGUCGGCUACAGCAAUGACGCUCGGCUUGCUGAGGCGUUGAGGGCUGACCCUUCUCGGAAGGGCUCAGUGGUGAACGUCAACCCAGUCAACACACGCCCACAGAGUGACACGCCAGAGAUCCGCAAGUACAAGAAGAGGUUCAACUCCGAGAUCUUGUGCGCCGCCCUCUGGGGGGUGAACUUGCUGGUAGGCACAGAGAGCGGUCUAAUGCUGUUGGAUCGGAGUGGCCAGGGAAAGGUUUACCCACUGAUCAGCCGACGACGCUUCCAACAGAUGGAUGUUCUGGAGGGCCUUAACGUACUGGUCACCAUAUCAGGUAAAAAGAACAAGCUGCGGGUCUACUACUUGUCCUGGCUGAGGAACAAAAUCCUUCACAACGACCCUGAGGUGGAGAAGAAACAGGGAUGGACCACUGUAGGAGAUCUGGAGGGUUGCGUUCACUACAAAGUCGUGAAAUAUGAGAGGAUCAAAUUUUUGGUUUUGGCGCUGAAAAAUUCAGUGGAGGUCUACGCUUGGGCACCAAAGCCCUACCAUAAGUUCAUGGCCUUCAAGUCGUUUGGUGACCUGGUGCACAAGCCCCUACUGGUUGACCUAACUGUGGAAGAGGGCCAGAGGUUAAAGGUCAUCUAUGGAUCCUGUUCAGGCUUCCAUGCCGUGGACGUAGACUCAGGGGCUGUCUAUGACAUCUACCUGCCUACGCAUAUCCAGACCAGUAUCCAGUCCCACGCCAUCAUCAUCCUGCCCAACACAGACGGCAUUGAGCUCCUGGUGUGCUACGAAGAUGAGGGUGUGUACGUCAACACCUAUGGACGCAUCACCAAAGACGUGGUGCUGCAGUGGGGGGAGAUGCCCACCUCAGUGGCUUAUAUCCGUUCCAACCAGAUCAUGGGCUGGGGAGAAAAGGCCAUAGAGAUCCGUUCGGUAGAGACCGGCCACCUGGACGGAGUCUUCAUGCACAAGAGGGCUCAGAGACUCAAAUUCCUUUGUGAGAGAAACGACAAGGUGUUCUUUGCCUCGGUGCGGUCCGGAGGCUCAAGCCAGGUCUACUUUAUGACCCUUGGGCGUACCAACCUGCUCAGCUGGUAGAGGUGGCCCCCUCACCCUUGCUCCCUCGCUAACACUGGACCCCCUACCCCCUCACUCACCGUCGACGUCUUGUCAGCGAUUCAGCCCGGGGACAACCCCAACCUAAAAAAUAAAAAAAGGAAAACCAACUCUCAGAGCAGCGAGGCUAUGGUGACGACGACGACGACGACAACAACAGCAGACAAAUACGCAGCAACUUCUGCCCCGUUGAUACAACCCCCUCGUGCUAACUGGGCCGUCUUUCACACGACCUUGGCCACUUGAGUCACGUAGUAGUUACCCCUUCUGGCCAUGAAAUGCCAGUUCUGACGAAAUGCAUACAUGAUUAAAUUUAAGAUUAACUGAUGAUGAGAGUAAGUAAAACUAAUUCUAGUGUGAAAAAUAAAUGUGGAUAGAAGAGGGAAGGGAAAAACGGUUUGUUGUUCCCCCCUCUGUUUUUUUUUUCCCUCUCGUUUUGUUUUCUUGGUGUUUGUCGGAUGGUCCUGGGGUGUGAAGGCGUAAGGCCAUCGCCCUGCGGAUACAUUUCCCCUCGUGGACGCAUCGCUUUUUUGCUCCUGGGCUGGCCAAUGGGCUUGGGGUCUUCUCGCUACUACUAAUACUUCUACUACGACGACGACUUUCUGCAACUCUGCAUCUAUUAAGAGCCCUGACCCUGACCACCUCAACACUUCCCCUUGCCCCUCUUGCUAUAGUGGGCUCGUGGGCAAUGGAAUCCAUGGUAUUAACACUUACAGUAGUGUAUGUGAACAUCUGUUUGGUUGAUUUCCUGGUUAGAGGUUGAAGCUGUCAGUCAGAGAGAAAGAGGCGGGACAUUGGGGAGCAUGUGAGCCAGUGGAUUGGCUUUGGGCUCGGUGCUGUCAUGGCGACAGUGAGUGGGAGGGGCCUUUCUAGGUUUUGCCGUAAGUCUGGUAGUUUCUUGACAGGACUCUACAUGUGUGUGUGUUGUUGAGUAUUGUGUUGUUGGGACAGGUGCUUUAAAAAGGAGGACUAUUGUGAGUGAGAAAGAGAUGUUCAACCAGAUGGAUUUUGAAAUAGUAUUUUUUGGAAUUAUUAUUAUUAUUAUUCCCUAAAGAUAAAUGUAACUAUGUGGAGUUCAACAUGUCUUUUACCUUGUUUUUAAAGAUUUACACACAUUUCACAUGGUCCACAGUUUGCUUGCUUUUACUCAGAACCCACAGAACUGUGAAAGGCUUUCGAAGAUACCCAGUGAUGUGGGCAUGGUCCAAAAAUAUGGUGUCUAUGUACAGUGUAAUAAAAAUUCCAUUUAAUCUCAUGGGUAGCGUCAGCAGUGAUGUUUGUCUUCCCCCUGGUCAAACAUGGCAACCUGGACCUGGUUGGGGUAAACCAACAAACUCCCUAAAGCUCAACGAACUAGUACUGCUGUGAAUAGUCCAAUAUAUUACAGAAAAAAAGAAUAAGAAA